CUGGCUUGGGUCAUGACCAUGUGGGCGACCAAGGCGUCGGACGUGCUGCCUUCCGCCGGCACCCCCGUCGGCACGUUGCUACCACCCACCCCUUCCAUCGUCGAAGACACGUUCACCCACAACCUACCUCGCGUUGUCGACCUAUCCGUGACGAGCUACUCCAUACGCAAAGACGGCGUUGUCAUGUACCACGUCGAUGUCCAAAGCUCCACCGGAACGUACACGAUCAGACGCCGCUAUACGGACUUCCGCGCGCUUUACCUCAAGCUCGCCAGCGACAUGCCCAUGGAGCAGGCAGCAGACGAGGUCAUGACAUCCCGUACGAGUCUGAUUUCUCGCUUCACGACGGCAGGAUCGACUCUACCGUCGCUUCCAUCGGCAGGUGUGUGGUCCUUUUUGCGCAAGUACGACACCAAGGUGUUGGAGAAGCGUCGCGAGAGAUUCCAGGACAUCUUGGACGCGGCAGCGUCCCAUCCCAUUGCCCGCGCCAGUGAUGCAUUCCAAAAUUUCCUAUCCGUGGCCCCAGAGGCUGUCGAUGAACACCGGGCGUCGUACACAUCCCUUCGAGACUACAGCGUGCCAACCGACAACAUGGUGUACCUCCGGCAAAGAAAGAAAGCUGCAGGACGGAAGCGCCUCGGCAGCGAAGGCACGUCGGAGACGUCGAUGAUUCAGCCUACUAGUACGUCGAUUCGAGUAGUGUAGCAAGCCAGCCAGUCGCCACCUCCUAUCUCGCGCAACCACGACGC